UAAUCAUCACCGCAAAAAGUAAAUGACAUGUAAAGAUGUUGUUUGUAUGUUCAUGACGUUGUUGUUUUCAGUAUUUUGUUUAUUUUGAAUCCACUUUAAUCCACUGUUCUGCCUCUGUGCAUAAGACAAUUGUAUGUUGUCAUGCCUGAGGCACCUCUCUGAAUGUAGACAGCUUUGUAUUGGCUGAUAUAGUUGACAUUUAAGCUGAAGGUUGUCAGGUCGGGGUUGCCAAGUCUACUUCCCCUAUACGGCUGAGCAACUUUUAAACUGAAUAAUUAUACCACAUAAUUUAUCAACUUGCUAAACGAAGCGACCUCUGUCACCACUUCAUAACAGUCUACUGUUGCUAUCCAGUAUAACUCGAAUUACAUUUUCCAUUGUCACCAGACAUGUUUCACAAAGGCUUUUGGGGGUGAUAUUUACAGCGGGCCGGGGUCUGAAAUGAGCUGGCAUAGCCAGUGGUGAUGGGUUGGUUUUUUGGCACCUAUUUAUAGUUCUGACUCUCCACAAUGUCCACUCACUGUAACUCGACUCCGUCUGUUAAGUCACACACGGGAGGGACUGGAGAAAAGUCAAGGGUGGCCUCAUCUCUACUCUACGCCUCUGCUCCGUGCCUGCCAGUGCCAGCCAUGAGAGAGCAGUGUGAUGGAGAGCGGCAAUGGACUACAGUUAUAUACGUAGCACGUUCUUGAAGUCGACUUUGUAACCAACCAAUGGGUUUUAUGUUGGAUACCUCACAAGAUUAACUCAUAUCCACCACAAAGGCUGCAAUCCGAGGAGGAGGACAACAGGACAGGAGGAGUAUGUACGGUAGUAUGGGGUUCAGUGUCUUGUUCAAGGACACCCCAACUUAGACAGACUGGAGCUAGACACACUCUUCAGUUGCUAGGUGGCUCCUUCACUUCCUACGUAGCCAGUCGGAAGGCACACUGGAACGUAGACAAACUCUUCAGUUGCUGGGUGGCUCCUCCACCUCCUACUUAGCCACCGUCACUGCCCACCCAGCGAGAUGGCAAUGGCCAGAGCCCCAGGAGGAGCACCUCCUGCAGGAGCAGCCUUCGGCACCUCCUUCAGCACCUCCUUCAGCAACCUCUUGGCUCCCCCAGGGCCCUGGUUCUUGGGAGACGUGAACAAGAAGGAGGGGAAAGACGAGGAGAAGGAAGAGGAGGAGGAGGAAGAUGUGGUGAUCUACGGUGGCAUCAGGCCGAGGAGCUCCCCCCUGCCCCGCCGGCGGUCCUGCGACUCAGCCUUGGACGACUGCCACAACCAACAGCCUCCACCCUCGCCCGGCCGGAGGGUCUCCUUCGCCGACGCCCGUGGGCUGCGCCUGGUGUCCAUCAGGUGGUUGACGACUAGUGGCAGUAAUGGCAACAGCACCAACGGCUGGGAUGUUACUGGCUGCUUGCUGGGCGGCUGGGGGGAGCCUGGAGGUCUCCUGCAAGAGGAGUACUCCCUGAGUACUCCCGCGUUUGAGCGUCCUCUCUCCCAGGACGAGCUCCAGAAGAGGGUGCUGGAGCAGAAGCUGGAGCUGGAGAGUCUCACGUUACUCCCAGGAACCACGACGUUGAGGGGGGUGGUCCGCGUGCUAAACAUAUGCUAUGGCAAGACCGUGUACGUGCGUGCCUCCCUGGACCGGUGGAAGAGUCACUUUGACUUGCUGGCUGAAUACCUCCCUAGUGCUAGUGCUGGGUCUGGCGAGGACAGCAGCAGCAGCAGCAGUAGCAGCAGCAGCUGCAGCACAGAGUGCUUCGCUUUCAGGCACACGCUGGUGCCCCAGGCGAGCCAAGACGGGGCCAGGCUGGACUUCUGCCUGCGAUACGAAACCGAUCUGGGAACUUUCUGGGCCAACAACGGAGGGAGUAAUUAUAUAGUGCUUUGUCACAAGAAAACAGAGAUGCCAAAGGGGAAGGGGAAGGGGGGUAGCAGGCCCCCAAAGAAAAGCUGCCUGAAGACAGUGAGCAAAUAUGCCAGUGUGAAUCCAAACACAAAUGAGGUCCCAGAUGAACUGAGUCCUGCCAAUGAUUCCUGUGUCAAACAGGACACACCAGCUGAGGCACAACACAAAGCUGAGCAGGUGGAAAAAUUAACGGAGGAGAGGAAGCAAAACCAUCGCAGAAGAAAACGACGACGAGCUGCCAAAGUAGCGCAGGUGCAGGACUACUUUGCCAACAAAGACACAGAGGACACACUCAAUGGAUCAGAGGGCACAAGUCCGUCAUCGUCAUCAGUUACUGACGUCAGCCAUCCUGAUCCUCAGAACAAACCAUCCAAUGACAAUGUGACAUGUCAAGAGAAAUUGGCUGAAAUGGCAGGAGCAACUGUUUCAUUAAACUCAGCACACGAUGAAACCACAUCAUUACCACAGGAUGAAUCAACUGUAAACAUUGGCAAAGGCUUGAAGAGUAAAAAGUUUCCUGAUGUUGUUCCUCAAACAAGUGAAAUGGAUUUGGUCUCAAAAGAUGAAAGUGACUUAAAGCCCAUCGCAAAGGAGGUGGACGUGCAUGUGAAAACAACAGAUGAUAAUACUUCACCACAGUCCGAAAACGCGGAAACUACCAGCAAGGCUAAUAAAAAGCCUCUCAAGAAAAACGUGGAGAAAAAGAGAAGCGAUGCAUCACUUGGAGGAGAUAUUGCAGAGGCAUUCCAGGAGAAGAGUGAAAAAGACAAAACCAAUGUCAGUCAUGCUAAUCUCUACACCUUUGAGACUGUGGUGGCUCCUCUGUAUCAUGAAGCAUUCACCAGGAUGGACACAAAAAGAAAACCUGAGAAUGAAAAGGAAUUAAAAGAUGAUUCAAAACAUGACACACAGGGUGACAUAAGCACCCUCCCUACCACAAAGACUCUUGAUAGAGACAGAGAGAAAGAAACAGAGACUAAAUCAAAUAUCACAGGAGAUAAACUCAUGAAUGACACGCUAAACAUAAACGAAAAUAAAAGUUCAUAUUCAGCACAAAAAGAAGAUGCAAUCUGCCUUGCCAAAAAGACAGAGCUACCCCAAGAGAUUGCACACACUCACCGUGGAAGCCUACAGACCUGUUCAUUUGAAGCACUCCAAGAUAUGGGUGACCCCAACCAGUCUUCUCUCCUCCACAAGAACACAGAGCAUCCACCUCUGACCGACCUCGCCCAGGGCCAUCAAAGAGACACAUCUGUGACUAAUCAUCCAUCAACCACAGAUACAGAGCACAUUAAAUCUGAACCCACAAACAUAAUGGACAAUAAUUCUUUAACUCGGUCAGUGGAUGUCAUUUCUGAGGUGGAAAAGUCAAAUAUGGAUGUACUGCUGCCACGUUGUUCACAAGGUCAGCUUCCCGUGCCUGUGGUUGACAGACCUCAACAGCCUCCCCAUGCGAAUGAGGAUGAGGACAUGGGCAAUGAUGAUGGUACAGUAGCAGCACGGCCUGACAAUGUAUCAGUGAUGUGCGAUGUGGAAAACGCUGCCCUUGAGGACUUACCGCAUACACAAACCUUAGAAGGUCUUGAGGAUAUGCAAAUGUUAGCCACAGUUGAAAUUGGACAUACUUCUUACUUUUCAAAGCCCACAAUCCCAGAGUCUCCUGAUGUGAAAGUAACUCUCCAAGAUCAAAACCAUCUGACCCAGGUGCAGAUUUCAGACCUCCCCUCCAAACAGAUCCUUGGUGAAGUAGAAAGUAAAAGUUCUGAAGAAACUCCUCAGAUGGCACCUGCAUUCACAUCAUCAAACAAUGCAAUUAUACCUAUUGAAACAUCUGGAAGAGAUGAGAGAUGUGAUAAGGAAGAAGCCAAUGUCAGUAGAGAGUGUAUUUUUGGAACUGAAAAAGAAGUCAUAUCACAUGGAACAUCAAAGUCCUCCUCAGCAGAGUCCUCUUUCCCCUGUGAAGACACCCAGAAUACCCAGGCUGAUCCACAUACAACACCAACCGCCAUUACACCCGUAGAUACUCACAGUAAUGCAGGGAUAGCUGAAGGAAACUGGAAUGAUAGUGGAGAAAUUCAAGUGUUGGAUAAUUUGCAUCUGCGUGAAUACAGAGAAGGUGAAGUAUCUGAACUCAAAGUCCCUGAAGAUGGCAGGCAGUCUAUGUCUGGACACAACACUUUUCAUUUUAGUGAAGAUAAUACAACAGAGUCAGUGAGCCAAUCUGGAAAAAUAUCUAAUUCUCCAAAUGAUGACAUUUCCCCAGUCAAUGUUCAAGAGAGCCCAGUCCUUCUAUCAACCCAUGGCGAAAAGGACCCAGGUCUGAUACCAACACUAAAUAAAGAUUCUCGGAUUUUAGGAUCCGCAAGCACCCAACUUGUCAAUGUCUCAGACACAGAGAAAAGAAUGGAUAAGAAAAAUAUGGAACAAGGACUAUCAGAUUUAGUAGUCUCCAUGGUAGACAUGGAAACAACCACAAGCCAUGUUGACACCAAAGGCACUGACAGAGGAAAACCAUAUGCCCCAAAGUAUAGCAAAUUGUCAACCAAACAUCAAGAGAACUCAGGUGGAGGAAAAUCUGAACAGAUGUUUCAAACUAAAGAUGGUGAAGUCAACAAAAGGUCAGCGGACUACUCUGAACCAGCCUCUAAUCCUGAUAGCUUAAUAACAGACAACAACAACCAGGACAUUUCUCACAGUUAUCUUCCUCUUGUCCACACUUCAAAUACCAGUAUCAAAACAAAUGAAAAUAUCACUCAGUGUGGUGAUGAACGCUCUGUACAGCCAGCUAAAGGGCAGGACUUCUUGGACCAGUCUGAAAAUACCCCACUCCCUGCGACAUUAACCUCUAUAAGAACCCCUCCUCAACCCACUGUCGUCAACCAGAAACCUAAAACUAUGUCAGUGUUGCCAUGCACUGAUGAAGACAUUGUGCAUAUUAUACAUGAACCAUUCAGUGCACCUCUACUCGACACAGCACUCGAAAAGAGCCUGGGUGAAGGUGAGAUGGAACUGCCAGCAUGCGAGCAUCCGCAUGGGGGUGACAUUGAUGAAGUGGCAGAGGCAUUCAGAGAUCUACAGAUAUCUGAGAUGCGCAGAGGUGAUAAGGAUGUGGUAAUCUCCAACGAGACUAAACUGUCUGCAGGAGGCCAAACAAACCCAACUUGUGAUUAUUAUAAGGUCAAUCCUGAGCAACUGGAGAGCGGUUUGGGAGAUAUAAAUGAUCAAAGGUGUAUUUUGCCAGCCAAACUCUUUGAGAAUGAUGGGGUACCCCUUGCAACACAUAGUAGCAAGGGCCCAGCUCUGUCACUGAUAUUAAACCCAGAUGAAACAACAUGUCUUCCGUCCCAAGAUAUCACAGAAAAACAACCGCUGCCUAUCUCAGACACAGAGGACAGGAUGUGGGAGAAAGAUGUCCAUGAUCUGUCUUUAUCAGAUUCAGACACAGGAUCUAUACAAAAAAUAAGCAACCUGGAUUCAAAAUGCUCCCAUGAAGAAGUAGAAGAAUAUUCUGGAUUUAUUUCGCAAAUUAUGAAUGAUGCACUUGGUGAAAGGCAAGCAGAAUGUAUGCAUUCAGGCACUAUUCCAGACAUAGCCGACAACAACCAGGACAAAUCUCACUGUCACAUGCUCCAUGCCAAAAUAUCACAAACCACAAACACGCCAAAUGAAAACAAAAUCCAGAGUGUUUAUGGAAACACUCUGAAACUAUUAAAAUCGCAAGAUAUUGAGCAGACCGAAAGUGCUGUCGGUGACGAUGACCUUGUUCAACCUGAAAAAGAAGACAAUACAUAUCCCAUGCAUGAAGAACCUAGUGUACAGGUUUCAGAGUUAGAUGAGGAUUUUAUUGAUGAAAAAACAGAAAUCAUGUCCCAAACUAUACACGAUCAAUGUAGUAAUGAAAUGCACAAGGGAUUGGUUCAACCAGCCACCAAUCCCGACAAUUUAACUACAAACCAAAGCCCAGAUAAUUAUCACACUCCUCUCCUCCUGGGCCAGAUAUCAGAUACCACACAGACAAGUGAAGCAGGAGCAAAACUUGGUCAAAAUAUUUUGUCAUCACUCAGCACAGAAGACGAGGAAAUAUUAAGUAUCACACCUGAGGUGCAUGAAACUCAAGGAAUCCCCUCAGUGCACACACACAACCAAACCAAACAAAAAAAAGAUGAAGAAGGUAAAGAAGAGUCUGAAUCAAUGGAUGAUUUUCUCGAUGACGUCAGUUCAACUCACCCAACCACCAAACAGUUUUUCGCCGACAAAAGUGAUGGAGGUAGCGAAACCACAGACGGCGUCAAGCUAUUAGAUAACACCACAAUGACAUCAUCACAUUCUGCCGAGUCUCUUCCCCUUCCGCAAACCAAUCUUCAGGAAAGUCCAGCAUUGCCCACUCUGUUGGGUGACUCUAGUGCUGAGCAUGGAGAAAAAGAGAGAAUGGAGGUAUGCAAAGAGUCAAAGACAGAACACUAUGCUGAUGAACAAUUAAUUGACCAGAGUGAGGACGUGUAUGAUGGAGAACAGCAGACUGACUCACAGGGUGCUGUGCUGGUACCUGAAUGCAGUGAUGCAGAUGAUGGUGCAACGGCGUCUUCUAGUAGAAUCAGUAGUACUGAAGUCUUGACUGGAGAUUCCUCAGUCACGACACACCAUGAAAGUCCCUGUGAGCUAGAUAAAGGAGAACUUGAAAGUAUGGAGAAAGUAAAAGAAAGUGAGUCGACAGAAAACGAAAAUGAUCUGUACCAAGAAGAGCACGCAGAGCCUAACGACUACAAUUACUGCAGUGCAAAUUCAGUUUGGCUUUCGAAAAAGGGCAGUGCUGAAGCUUUAGUAGACAGCAGCACUGACACAGGAGAUGGGGACAGCAAGGAGAUGAAUGGGCCUCAACAAGAAAUCCAGCCCACUGAUACAAAGUGUACAUCAGUAGACAUUAAUGCCAGAGAACCCACCAAAGAAGCAGCAGAGGAUGAUGGAGAUGAUGAUGAUGAUGAUGAUGAUGAUGAUGAUGAUGAUGGGGAUGUUGUAGGUGGCCAAGUGGAAAGCACUGGGGAGCUGGGAAAUAACCAACCAGAAGAACGGGCAAUAAAACAGAAGACUUGGAGUGCUGUCCUGUUCUCUUUAUUUCAACAGGAAGAACAGCCCAUCGAGCCCCUGGUUUGCAGAAUAGAGACCACAAGUAGCCAAGAGAAGGAUAUGAGAUGUGAGUCAGAAGAAGCAGUUCAGGGAUAUAAUGGGUCUGGAGAGGAUGGGCCUCAAGAGGACGCAGGAAGCGUUAACCAGGAGGGUGAAGAGGAACUAGGGCCGAGAGAAAGAUCCAACAGCCUUGAGGAAGAAAGGGGAUCUGAGUCUGAUAAUGCUGAUGAUGCAUCAUCCGAGUCUUUGUCGGACGAUGGGAUGGAGCUGUACAUGCACGCCUUGAGGGCCACCCAAAAGUCAAAGCAAAUCAAAGAUGGCAAACGACGCCCUCGUAAACGAGACUCAGGCGUCUCUGCGUUUAAAAGGCCGUCUAUCAGAAAGCACAGAGAGGCACUGCCAUCUAUUAGUGAAUCUGUAGAUGAAGAGGAUCAAGUGCCUGUGGACAGUGUUGUUGUUGAUGAGGAUCAACCCCCUGAACAACAAAACACUUCCCAGCAUUUGGUUGGAAAGAUAGCACCCCCAGUGGCCGUCUGUGAGAAUGCAGUAGAUACCACUGAAGUGAACUGGACUUGGUGGAGCGAAAGCUUUACUUUUCAAAACAUCUCAAGGAUGCUUUUGUGCAUGUUGUUGUUAGUGAUCUUUAUGGUGACGACAUAUUAUUAUGACUUUUUGGCUUGCGCUGUUCUUUACGUUCUUACUGCAUACUGGCUGUGGCGUCAAAGUGAGACACUACAUGUUGAUAAAUAGGAGAUCAAACUGGUCCACUUCAGGAAGACUAGGCCAGGGAUGACUGGAGCACUAAAAUACUUUUUGUUAUUGUAUUGUGGUGCAAACAUAAUGACUGACGUUUCGACUGACGUUUUUGACGUGCACUGCGGCGAAACGUCAGUCAUUAUGUUUGCACCACAAUACAAUAACAAAAAGAUAUCUGAGUGCUCCAGUCAUGCCUAGAAUAGUCUUUCUGAAGUGGACCAGUUUGCUUUCCAUUGUCUACCGUCCUGGACUGGAAGCACCAAGAAGGUUAGAGCGCAAGUGACUUCCUUUUUCCAUGUUAAAUAGGAGAUCUUAUAACGUGAGCAUACAACACGUCAGGUUAAACUUCUGGUUAAUCCCUUUGUUUUAUCAUUAAACUUUUCCAUAAUGAAUA